GUUCACAGGGAGGACCCGGCAUGGACCGCUGCAUCUAAAUGAAGUGGUUCUGCCAUGCAGUGUUCCUGGAAGGCAGUGAUUCUGCUGGCCUUGGCCUCCAUCGCCAUCCAGUACACGGCCAUCCGGACACUCACCUCCAAGCCUUUCCAGCUCUGCCCGCUGCCAAACCCCCACAACUGCGGCCUUGGUGGCCAGGAAACUGAACCUCCCUUUGAGAGGGGAGCAGCAGGCUGUGAUGACUAUCCAUACUUUUCCCUCAAUACCACCCGCAAGAUCCACAUCUUGGUCCUGGCCACCACCCGUAGUGGCUCCUCAUUUGUUGGCCAGCUGCUGAACCAGCACCAGGAAGUGUUCUACCUAUUCGAGCCUCUUUAUCACGUUCAGACCACCCUGAUUCCACGUCUGUCACACAGUCGCAAUGCUGCAGACCGGCGUGUGAUGCUAGGAGCCAGUCGGGACCUCCUGAGAAGCCUCUAUGGAUGUGACCUCUAUUUCCUUGAAAGCUACAUUAAGCCGACACCUACCAACCACACCACGGAUAAGCUGUUCCGUCGUGGCGCCAGUCGAGCAUUGUGCCAGCAACCUGUAUGUGAUGCUUUUGGUCCUGCCGAUGUCAAUGUUGAGGAAGGGGAUUGUGUCAAGAAAUGUGCAACACUAAAUAUGACCUUAGCCAUGGAAGCAUGCCGUGAGAAGCGGCACGUGGCGAUCAAGAUUGUCAGGGUGCCGGAGAUUGGGGAUCUGCGGGCCUUGGUGGAAGACCCACGGCUAAACAUUAAAGUCAUUCAACUCGUUAGGGACCCACGUGGUAUCCUGUCAUCACGAAUUGAGACAUUUAGAGAUACAUAUCGUCUAUGGCGUAUCUGGAGGGCUACGGGGCGAAGGCCCUACAAUUUAGACUUGAGUCAGCUCACAAUAGUCUGCGAAGACUUUCUCAGCUCUGUCUCGACUGGUCUCAGUCAUCCCUACUGGCUAAAAGGAAAAUACAUGUUGGUUCGCUAUGAAGAUUUAGCUCGGAAUCCGCUUCUUAAGACAAAAGAGAUCUAUGACUAUCUGGGGCUACUAAUGGAUAAAAAUGUGGAGGACUGGAUACACGCAAACACUCGUGGCAGCAAUGAGCCCUCAGCUAAACACAAGUUCGGCACCGUGAGGGACUCGGCAGCUAACGCGGAGAGCUGGCGUUUGAAACUGUCUUUUGAUAUGGUUGAAUAUACCCAGACGGUGUGUCAAAACGUGCUUCACCAGCUGGGCUACAAAGCUGUGAAAUCAGUAGAGGAACUGAAAAAUAUGUCCGUCUCACUGGUACAAGAGAAAACAUUUGUACCUUUUUUAUAACAGAGAUAGUUCUCUAAUGACUAUUUUUGAUAUAUUUAUAGUUGUUGCCUUAUAAAUCCCUUAGUUUUUUUUUUUUUUGGUUUUUCAUUUCUGUAGUUUUGUUUUUCAGAUUUGCACUAAAGAUUUUGAAUGCGCCGAGGAAAGUACGGAUGAUUCCCCAACGUUCCACAACAGCACACUUUAAACACAAAGGCAUCAAAGAGCUGGUUUACAUUUUCCUUUUUCUUUAAUCUUCUUUCCAUUAUGUUCCUGUAUGCAAGCUGUUUCAACAAAAAUAAUACAUAUGUUGCCCUUCAGAGCCACAGGGUGUGAAGUAGACUGGUUAUUUUUUUAGACCUGUGAUGGCUAAAUUGGACUGUACAAGCUCUACUGUGCAAUAAAUAUUGAAUGUCGCAGUCAACCUUUA